AUGGCACCACUGUGGCUGCUCAGUCUGGGCGUGGCUGUGCUGGCGAUCCUCCUGCACUAUGUGUACCUGCGCUACAAGUGGCGGACCUUGCCUUCAGCUGGGCCAGUCCCCUUUCCCAUCAUCGGCAGCGCUCAUCUUCUGCACCCCGUCGAAGCGUUCCACGAGCUGCUGAGGCAGCACUCGCUCCUCUAUGGCCCCGUCUACACGUUCUGGCUCGGCAUGAAGCCCUACGUUGUGCUCGGAAGUCCCGAGGUGCUCAAGCAGGUGCUGGACCAGGACUACAUGACAUUCGACCGCGAGAAGGACCUCAACGACAUCUUCCACGACAUCGCCUCGGGACUGGUGCUCCAGUUCAAUGGCGAUGGCCACAGGAGGAGCAGGAAGCUGGUCGGUCCGGCGUUCCACAAGUCCAACCUCAACCUGUUGAUGAAUAGGGUGGCGAACCGAGCGGAGAUUCUGUGCGAGGCCCUGGGCGCUCAUGCGAGGUCGGGCGAGCCCCUCGACGUGCAAGACGAGUUCCAGCGGCUCACCUUCGACGUCAUCGGCCAGCUGUGUCUCGGCUUCGACUUUGGCACGCAGACGAACCCCGACAGUCCCAAGGCCUACGACGAUUGUCUGCGGCACCUCUACCAGAAUCGCUGGCUUGCCCUGUUUCCCAUCUGGAAGAUCUGGCGCACUCCAGCCGAGCGAAAGUACUUCAAGCAGAUGGAGCUGCUGCAGACCACAUUCCGACGCAUCGUGGUCGAGCGCAGAGAGAGCGGAGUGCGCGAUGACGAGCGGGACAUUUUGGCGUGCAUGCUGCGCGAGAGCCAGAAGCCCGAAGGCCAAUGGGUUGACGACGACGAAAUCAUCCGCCAGAUGAUGACGUUCAUGUUCGCAGGCCACGACACCACCAUGAACCAGCUGACGUGGCUCUUCUACUACAUCUCUCAGAACAGUGACGUCGAGGCCAGGUUCCACGCGGAGCUGGACCAGGUCCUGGCGGGUCGCACACCCACCUUCCAGGACUUGUCUCAGCUCACCUUCCUGGACAAGUUGAUGAAGGAGACGCUCAGAUUGAAGCCAUCGGCGCCCAGCCUCGGCAGGGAGGUGACCAGGGACAUCACCAUCCACCACCAGGGCAAGGACUGGUUCCUGCCCAAGGGCACCAAGGCGGCCUGGUCGCCCUACAUCGUGAUGCACCAUCCGGACAACUGGAGCGACCCCGAAACGUUCAACCCGGACCGGGAGCAGUGGAAGGUGGAGGAGGGCAAGUGGCCGGCCCCGAUGACCUUUGUGCCCUUCGGCGCCGGUCCCCGCUCGUGCAUCGGUGAAGAGAUGGCGCGCAAGGAGAUCAAGAUGGUGGCGGCGAUGGUGGGCCAGAGGUUCCGGUUGCAGCUGGUGCCGGGCCACCUGGCCGAGGCCGAGUUCGCCACCACGCUGCGAGCGCGCUACGGGAUGCGCAUGACCGUGCACCCGCGCCCCAUUUCCUCAUAA